AUGGAUCAAAUACCCAAUAACAAUCAAAAUUAAGGAUUGAAUAGAAGUGAUACACAAGCAAUUCCUAAAAAUUAAACAGGAAGAAUAAUUUAUUAAACAUAUUUUUGUUUAUUGGGUACUGCACUUUUAAUUUUAUCAAUUAUGUCUUAUUAUUUCUAUAGUGAUGCAUUUGAUAAUUAUAAAUAUAUAAUAGAGAACUGGAAGUAAUAACCAAUAUAAUCUAUACGUUUGAGUUUUGAUAAAUGCAAUAAUGAAGUAAGAAUGAAAAUUAUAAGUUAGGAAAUAAAUUUGAUCAAUUAUAGAUGGCCUGGAACAGUAGAUGGAUGUGAUUGUCGUUAUAGUUUUAGAUUAUUAUCUAUUAAAACUAAUAAUCAUCAUACAUGGUUUCCUAGAAAUAAGAUUUAUAAUAAUCAUGCUUGUAACAUAACACAAAGAGCAUGGGGAUGUAUCUCGAUUUAUGCAAAAGAUGCUAUCAAUUUUAAUAGAUUUCCAACUUAAAAUCAAAAAGAAGGGUUUAAAUUAUGUGCUAUACUUGAGAAAGACAAUAGUUUUUAUUCUCAUUUGCCUGAAUUAGAUGAAUGUCCAAAAGGAUAAAUAAAAUGUGGAAAUGAGGUCAAUUAUUUUUAUUGUACAAGUUAAUCUGAAUGUCCAAUAUUUGAAAUAGGCUUUAAAGAUGUUACUUUAAUUGAUAAUUCAUAAGAAUAGACAGAAAAGGGACUUACACUUUUAUAUAAUCGAAAAAGUGAAUAUAAAUUACCAUUAGUGGAAGUAAGAGUUUCAGAAGGAGAGGGUAUAUGUAUGAAGAAUCAUUUGAGAGGAUUAAGUAAUGGAAGAGUUGAAUAUCCAUUAAUGAGAGAGAAUAAGACUGAAUGUUAAAUUGAUAAAAGAUUUAUUAAACUAAAAUCUUCAAAUGAAGUUGAGUUUUAUGAAUCUAAUAAUCAAUUAAAGAUAUAAGAUUAACUUAGAGGAUAUGAGAUUUCAAAAUAAUAUUAAUGGGGUAUUUGAGAAUUUAAUAAAGGUCUUUAUGCUAGAGGAUAUAUAGAAUGGAAAAUGUCUUGUAGAGGAGAAAUGUUUGAUAAUUUUAUUGAUUAAGAAUAAAUAUUGGAAGAGAUAUUGUAUACUUAAAAGUAUUUGAUGAUAGUUUCAAUUAUAUUCUUUAUUAUAAUUUCCGUUAUAUGGAGUUAUAUAUAAGCCCAUACUUUGUAAGGUGGAGAUUGGCCUUGCAUUAAAGGACGUGGUACUGAAGAAUCAAAUACUAUAUUUUAUUUGGAAAUAUUGACAAAAAUAAUUCUCUAGAGUUUAUAGGCAUUUAUAAUAAUAAUGAGUUUUAGUAGAACAAAGGAAGAAAGUAAUUUCUUAGAAAGUGUAAUUUCAAGGAAUUGUUCUGAUGAAUAUGUUUAAAUAUAAUUAGAGUAUUUAAGAGAUAUGUUAAGUGAAAACAUUUAUAGAUUUAAUUGGGGAUGUUUAAUUUUAUUUUGUAUAACAACAGUUUUGGAUUUUUGUGUAGUAUCAUAUUUGAUAAUUUCAUUUAUAAGAGACAGAAAAGAUAAAGAGAAUCGAUAUGAAUAAAGAGAUGAAAUUAAAUAGAAUUAUGAAUUAAGUUAUAUGUAGUAAGAGAUGGGAAAUCAAAAUUAAUAAUAAUAAUAAUAAUAAUAAUAAUAAUUCAAUAAUUAAUCCCCAUAUUUUAAUUGA